GGUAAAUACGUCUACAGUUAGCCGGAACGAUAGAGCGAACCACUUGGAGAGAAAUAAAACAGCAGUAAUGUCACAAUCGAUCACAUUUAUUUGUUAAGGUCCUUCACACAUCGGGGCGGUGUGGCUGACAGAGUGCCAUGUUGAAAUUAGCUAAUUCAUUUCAUAAUAAUCCACUCGAUGUCAACAUUUGGUUAAUAUACGUCAAAACGUGGCUUGGUUGAGGUGACGUGCAAAAAUAAAUGUACAGCCAUCGGAAAUGUAUACGAAAUUAGAAGAAUUCAGAUGAUCGGAAUGAUUAUAACAAUAGUAAUAGCAAGCUAGCCUAGCAUUGCUAGCAAGGUAUACAUUAAGAUAGCAUAUCCGCUAGCACGACUGAACUGCAUUAAGCAAUUCGAAAGAGCUGCAAUAUAGCUAAUUUAAAUUAAGAAGGUUGUUUUAAAAUUGUAAAACACAAACAACGCGAUCGUGAUUAGAUGUCGAUCGCCUGAGCGGGCGCUGUGCUAGCAUUAGCCCAACCAGGCGGACAGUCUCAUGCUACCUUAAAUAAAAUGAAAUCCUCUCCUUUCCGCUAUGGCACGGCGUUUAAAACUAAAAGGCGAUAAACACGUCUAGAUACGAUCCACAUGCCGUUCUGUGUUGCUUCGCUAACGAUCAUCAACACAAUGCCCCCCAUGAAAAUACACAAACAGCGGACUACGGUGUGGAAAAGCAAGAAGAUCUGACGUGUGCUUCUCUUCACUCCUACUAGUCGUGCUACCAUUACAGAAAAAAAAGUUUUACCAGAUUCUGCACGGAAAGGGUAUAGUUAUAUCCAGUGAAAGAUGCUAUAUCGGUGAUCGAAUAACAAGGUGGUACGAAUCGUCAUCCCUGGUCCAUGAGUGGGAGCAUUGCGCCGAGGAAUAUGCAGUGUUUCACUCGGAAAGAUGUAAAGUGACGGAAGUAGGCCCCGGACGGGAAUGGUCAGCCGAGCCGAGCGCUGCCGUAUCGACUCUACAGAGGGAGUGUUCCUAUCCUGUGACCGUAGAUGAUGGUGUUAUCAUGUAUCAUGUCCAUCGAUGGAGUGUCAAUACCUCGGCGUGGGUUGGUUCGUAUAAGUCACGAAUUUACUUGGUUUAAUUUGUAUGGUUUGGUUAUCUUUGCGUGGUUUAAAUUGAAUCAACGCGGAGUACAUAAUUUGGUCAAUAACAAUAUGAACUCGAUAUGUAUAGAUAGACAGACAAACUAAAGAAAAUCGACACAUUAUCAAGUGGGUCCAACAAUAAAACAAUAAUUGUGUAAUUUAACACAUCCAAAAUAUUUCGCUUUAGUUGAAUUGGCGUCUCUUAGAUAUCAACAUAAGUGAUAACAAAAAGUGGAAGUGAUUAUAGCGCCUCCCAGAUCAUGUUAAAUACCCAUAACUUUAAAAACACGACCUCUUGCAAACUAUGUCCUUUUAUCACAUUUAUUUGUGGACACGACAUGUGCCUUUAACAAAAUCGAACAUCACCAGUCUGCCUUAAAGAGCCAACCAUGUGUUACUCCGGGCCUCCCCUAUUCUCUCCACAACAAACUGCCAAAAACGAAUCUUAAGGUGGACCAAAGAGAUGCACCAGUUGUAUUGUGUAUCUGUGUUAUACAUGGGAUAGGAAAUAGUUAAUUCCCACACAUACGAAUAAUUAUGCAAGGUUUUCCCUGCCUGGUAGUGUUUAUAUUUCUAAAUACACUAAUUCUCAGACAGCAUGAAUAUAUAUAAUUAAGUGUGCCUGUCCCUUUUGAAUAACUUUUUCAACAAUUCUCUAAAACAUUAGCUGGAAGUGAAUGGUGUUUUUAUUGGUGUUAUGACAAGUAGGUCUCAUGUUGCCUUGUAUACAAACGAUUUCUGUUGGACUUUCUGUGCCAGCAGUGUCACUCAUGGUCUGACUUUGUGCCAUUCUAAGAAUCUUAAAGUAAUCCUUCAGAAUGAAGGGAUUACUCCAACACUCUGUGCUAGAAGGUAGAAGGACCUAUUCUGAAAAGACAGUUUAUCCGUCUAACUUGACUAUAUUUACACAAAUAUCAGCUUUAUUUAGCUUAACUGUUCAUAGAUAAUAAUCAACAAGCAAGUUUACGGUUUACAUAAUAAUGGAGAAAAAUGCUCAUGUGUCUAGAUUUAUGUUUCUCUUUCAUUGGUAUUAAUAUAAUAGGCUGCCAAGAAACCAGCCGGUACAGUAAUUGGGCCGACGUCAGCUUGAGAUGGUAACCGGAAGCAUCCUAACAGUAAGCCCAGUUAGUUGGAACACCCGCAACAUGCUGCACAUUGAAAGGGCUAUCGGAGUUCAGUUAUUGAGAUACCUGUGUACCAGAAUAAGAAAUAGAGGGGUUAUGUAAUCAACAAUUUACUUAAAGGCAGGAUGCAAGGAUCACCAGGUAAGCACAAUCCAAUAUAAUAUAUAUUACUGGGUCGCACACCAAAUGCUCUUAUUGGUGUUUUUAUAGGAAGAACACUUUAGUGUCAAUGGUUGAAAUGGUAAAAAUGCAAUCCCUCAAUUCAACUAUUUUGUUUUCAUUCAUUCAUAAAAAGAUUUCUAGCCAAAAUGUAUUUCAUUGCCAAAUAUGCUUUAAAAAAGUAAUUAGAGUAUUUCGAGAGGAAUAUUUACAACUGGAUUUGAUUAUUUUUGGGUCUAGUUUAAGACACAACUAGACCUGAAACCUAAUUAUGUGGUUUGUAUUAAGAUUUAUUGAAACACUUUGAGAGUGGUUUGAUUAAGAUGUGUGUUACAAUGCAAAGUAACAUAAAAUGCUUACUUCUUUAUUUCCUAAAGGCUUCUGAAUUUCCACCUCAACAAUGUGGAACCUGUUUUUGCUCUUCAUUGUUCUGGCUUUGGUACACUCGUCUCUUGGAAACAGUAUCACAUCUCCUACCUCAUUAGGAAAGUUUGACCCUAAAACUUGUGAGUGCAGCAGUAGAAACAAGGCAGGUGCGGAUGACCUGUCUACUGAACUAAUCUCUGUGGAUAGCAGUGAACCUAUGUUGGAGAGAACCACAAAGACAAAUCCUGCUUCAACUAGCAGGAACAACAUCGGUUCAUCUAAUGACGGCGUGGAAACCAUAAACAUGCAAAGGGAUUCAUCCUUGCCAUCUCUCUCACCUAUAUCAAGGGAAGGGGUUGGUGUGAACACUAUUCCAGAAGAUUUUGAAAGUUCUGGUGAACAGAACUCAGAAGAGUCAAGAGUCAUAACAGAGCAGAUCUCUAUGGUGCCUAAUGAUCAAGAUGACAACAGACACGAAACAGCAAAUAUCGACACGCUACAACAACAACGCCGCCUGCCUCUGAUCAAUAAUAAAUCAAUGAAGGAGGAUCCCGACGCUGCCCCGGCUGGUCCGUCUGACUUCAUCAUCGACCAAGACCUAUUGAGUUAUGACGGUCCAUGUGUGCCCAUGCUCGCCUCCUGUGCUGCUUUAGCAGUCUCAAACGGAACUCAUCUGCUCUGGGACGACAUGAGACGGACCCUUGCCUUCGCCUGGGAGCUGCAUGUCUUUGGAUCGGCCAGCCUGUUUGCCUUACUGGCCGGAUUGGCUGUUAUGGGAAUGAUUGGUGCGUCCACACUCGUUCAUCCCCUCUGUGGUCCCCUGACCCUGGCAAAUAGCCUCUUACUGUUGACAGGGACCCAGCGAGCUGUCCUCCUUCUGCUUGAUCCUUAUGGGACACGGCAGAUCUUAGCUCGACCUACUCUAGCGGCGUUCCAUAAUCUUCCCCUGCACUUUCUCCUGUGGGCACAGGUGGUCCUUGCUCUGGUAGCGCUAAGAGGGGUCAUACUGCGUCAGCUGCCACAGAAGCUGCAGCGUCCCUGGUUGGUGGGAGUUCUCGCUGUGUUACAUUGUGCCCUGUUGCUCGCAGCUGAUCUUCUUUCCCCGGUGCUGUCCCUGACCUUUCCGUUAUUGCUGCAUACUCUCUCCCUCUGCUGUGCUCUGCCCUCCUGCGUUGAAAUCCUCAGCCAGUCGUUCUCCCGUCUGCAGCUCUCAAUCAGCAAUCCCAAACCCGAGUGGGGAAUGUCCCAACGGAUCGAGAACCAUGCCAGGCGGCUGAUGGUGGUCUGUUCCGUGCUAGGGGUACUGUGCUGCUGCCUUCAGGUGUACACACUGCUCUGGCUCUAUGGAGUGCUGGGGAGCUGGAGGCGUUUCAGCUGGUGCUGGUGGCUCAGUCAGUUCUGGGCCAGAGUCGUGGAGUUAGCGUGGGGAUUUGUGUUGCUCGCACUGGGAUCCUGGAUCUUGUGGACUCCCCAAAAGAGCCGCCUGAGGGGUGAUCACUGGCAGGGUAGACAAGAGUGGUCGAGUGGAUCUGAGAACACAAGCUUUUGGGAUAGAGUAUUUAUUAAGAUUGGGAAUGGCCAGUUUAGACAAUCUGAGAAUACCUGGGUAGAUCUGAUGCCAAAUACCUGGAGCAGUUAUCCUAGUCACAGAUCAGGUUUUAAUAACAGCCCCGUGUGUACGUUUGAUGAGCCGGUGUCUACCAUUAUUCCUAACCACAUGCCUUGCCCUGUCAUAAGUAGUAGCUGUAACUCACAGGCAGUCCUGCAGUCGCAAAGAGAUGUGGAACCUGACUCUUUCCUUUCACUCGUAGAGUUUGAGAUGCGACCCCCAUCUCCUAUCGACCUCGUAGGCAGCAUCGACUAUGCCCUUAGCCAAGGAGAUUUUUCAGUGGGAAGUCUGUUCAAAUCUCGGCCUCACGUGAGUGGCAUGGUUGACCCAGAUGUAACUCACGGCCAAGGUACCGCAAUUACACCUAGCCCAGUUCAUGUUGCCUUCAGGGAGACAGUGGAGACAGGUUUUACCUCUGGAUCUCCGGAAAAUGUCCCACACAUGGACAUAAGACCAUCGCCCAAUGCCUACACUGACUACACACCCAACAGAUUCUCAGAAAGUGACGAAACACCGGAAAGAGGGCAACAAAACUCAGAAAUCGAGUCUGAAUGGAUGCAUCAGGACUGGACUGAGGAUGAUAUUAUAGACCUCUAGGCCUCAAAACAUCAGCACUCAAAUUCCUAUUUUUUUGGGGAUUUGCUUUUCACCGUAGCCCUAACAGGUUGUAUUUCAAUUAAAACCGUGACAAAGAUGACUUCCUCACACAAAAAACUCAUAAUUAAGUCAAAUAUAUUAUUGCUUGUAAAACUAUAUUUUGAAAAUAUAC